AGUGAAAAUUGAAAAACAAAAAAGCUUACUGAACAGUACAAUAAUAAUAGUAUUAGAAUAGAAUUAUUUAUUGACAGGAAUGUAUUGGGGCAGAUUUCAUGGUGCUGUAGGUAUUGUUUAUUUGCUUGGUCAGAGUCGUGUCAGCAACAGAAAAUCACGAGUGUAAUUUUUAUGUGUUCUAAAUAAAUUAUUGACGCUAUAUGUAAUUAAUGUAAAAUGUAACUUUUUAUGCAAAAUGCUAGGUAUUUUUAUUGUUCGGUCAGUCUCUAUCAUAAAAAAAAAACGUUGUUUUUUUUUUUUUUGUUUUUUUUUGUUUUUUUAUCACACCGGAGGAGUCGGAACGCACCGCCCCACUCAAAGCAACCACAGACUGUACUGUAGCAAAGAGCUUAGAACCCAAGAGGCGACACUCUGAUACUUUUUGGGUAACAGCCACUAGAUGGCGCUCCGGUAGCGCGGCCGCCAUUAUGGGCUGAAAAUACUAACUGGACCAUAGAAUCCUUCACAUCUUACGCACCCAAAAUCGGCGAAUUUCACUGCCAAAUCAGAAGCGCAAUAGAACAGUUUUUUAAAUUAAGUCACCAGUAAAUUGUAUGGCUCCUACAGUAAAUGUUGUAUUGUCUUAUAUAUGUUUUAUUUUACCAGUUGUGGAAUUCAACCAUCUGAGGUAACGUAGUUAGCCUACUUUAUUGAGUAUUUCCAUUUUAUGCAACUUUACACAUUUAUUAAUAAAUUUAAGAUCAUCAUGUUUGCAGCGAACAAUAUAUUUCAGACCUAGUGGAGUAAUAGUAACAAUAUCUAGGUCUGAAUUGAAAUAUAUGUAUAUUGUAUGUUUUAAUGGAUCACGCUACAAACAUAAUCAUCUUAUAAUACAUGAUGCAUUGCUGUGUCCGUUAUCGCAUAAUUCCCACUUUUGGACACUUUUGCUUCAAUGGACAUUUGACAACACUGCAAAAUCAAGCUGUUAUAUUCAUAUAUUGUCCAACAUUCCCAAUUUUUUUGAUGCAUGUCCUUAAUUUAACCCUAACCCUAACCCUAACCAUUUCAUAUGUUGGUAAUAAUUCAGUGUUUAUAAGCCUUUUGAAGGAUUUUAACCCAAACUGACUGGGUUUCUAGAGAGCAAAGGUUUUGUAAAAAAAGUGGAAGACUUAAACACAAAGUUUGUAAAAUAAACUGUAAAAAGGAUUUGAUGAUCAGUAGUGAUAGAAUUUUAUUCUGUGUUGUCAUCAUUCAGGUUGGAUUUCAACUUUAAUGUAUGUUUUUUUUUUUUUUUUUAACAAAGCAGCUGAUAUUGCCAUAGGAACUAGUGGACUGCCGACUCUCUUUCACCCCAAAAUGGCGGAAACGCAGGGCCGCUGCUGGCCGCCGGUGUUUCAAUGGAACGUUCUAUUGAGUGUCGCUUCUUGUUAGUGUAUAUUCUUUGACUGUAGUCAUGACAACCUAACAAUCCGGAAGAACUCCACAAGCGCGUCAGCGAAAUAACACAACAUGGCUGUGAAUGUCACACCAGGUUUAGAGAUCCCAGAGCCGUCAGACUACAGCAGCUGUGAAGAUGACCAUGAUGUGACUUAUUUCACAGAUCUGCAUCAGCCUGAUAAUAAUCUGCCUGAGCCUGCAAGAACGAUCGAUAAGCUGUUAAAAAACCAUGUUGACAGUGCAUGGGAAGUUAUAUCAAAGCAGGAGAAGAUUGAGAAGGAUGCACAAUCACCAAGACAAUUUCCUGUGUUGAAUGCUACUAAAGAAAUGAAGCUUCCAGCCAGAACUAAUUGUAUUGUGUGCUCUGAGGAUGGCCUUUACCUGUUUCUGGGUCAUGCUCAUGGUCUGUCAGUCAUCAGUACAUCCACUCUCACCUGUGUAAAAACAUGGCAGAAUGAAAGAGUGGAGCUUACCAGCAUCUCUUUUGCCUCUCUGGGAAACGUCACACACCUCUUAUGCACAGUGGAUGACAUGGGUAUUGCGCGGCUUUUUGUGCAUCACAUGGAGAAUAUUUAUUUAAUAAAAAUCAUCAAUGAAACUGAAGAUAUAAACCAAAGAAACAUCUGUGCAAAAUUUGAAGUGUCUAGAAGAGGAGACUUUGGAGCUGCAGUCAUGAUGUGUAAAUUUUGUAUUGAAAUAUGGGUUACAGUUAUUUGUGAAAGCACUGAUUUAUUAAUGCUGUUGUUAUAUGUUGUCAAUGUCACUGAAGCCAGUGAUUCUGUUUGGUUGGAUGUCUAUCGCUUCCCACAAGAUGUGUGGUUCAAAGAGCUGGAAACAAAACAGGCUACACAAUCCCCAUGGGCCACAGAAGCCAAAUUGUCUCCAAUAGUUUUACUCAUGAAGAUCAAACCUCCAGAAAUCCCUGCAGGAACCUCUCUGAAAAGUCCAUCUGAGGUCUUGCAGAAGACAGAGGAAGGCACUAUAAUAGGCUCAGGCCAAAAUCACCUCAUUAGUAGUCAGCAAUGGGAAAACCAGGAUGUGGCAUUUAGGAAAAUGUUCGUGAAGUACCUCAGCUCCAGCUCUAUGAGACCAUCACAGCAGAAAGCGGAAGUUCCCAGCAACUGCACUUGUCACUUCUUACUGCAUGAGGGGUUUUAUUCAAUCCCUGGGGAAAUGAAGGCAGCUAAAGAUAUUCCCAUUGCCAUGUGCCUGUGGUGGAAUGGCAGUCAUAAUCUCUUACAGUAUCUCCUGUUGAAGAAAGACAAAGACAGUGAACCCAGACCGGAUGUUCUGUGGCCCAGUUCUCAGGAAAUCCUUUGCUCUGCUGUCAGUGCCUGCACACGGUUCAUUGUUCUAGGGCUUGAUGGUCAGCUGGUUACUAUAUGGGACAGACGGUUUGGGUGUCCAUUUGCCAAUAUUGUGAUCCCAGGAGACAGCGCCAUUUGCAGGAUGAAGCUUCUUUUGCAGAGUCAACUAUCGGUCACUCAUCUUCUUCAGGGUCCCUUUUUACCCACACUCCAGUUAGUGCUCACCUGCAGAAGUGGGGAGUGCUACAGUGUGACUGCGAGCAGAGGAGAAGACACGUGCACUGUUCCACUUAUUGAGAGACCCGCGGACCCAAGCAGUUCUGUCUCUGUUGCUGUACCUGUGCCCUUCCUGAAGUGUCUGGUUUUGUUGAUGCAGAGAAAUGGGCAAGUAUCUAUAUGGGAAAUGGAGGAUGGAGCACCAAUGUUCAUCUUAAAUCUGCCUCACACUCAUGUGCUCAGCUCACUCAGGGAACCUGUGUAUGUGCUCGAGCCAAUCCAACAAAAUCUGUAUAUUACAGGUAACAGAAAAACACCUUUAGCAAAGGUGACUGAUAGGGGAGAGGAUGAGAGCUCUCUCUUCAUUUUCAGCUUUUCAGAAUGUUCACUGAUGGAUCUGUACCGUGUCAAAACGCCUGCUGUAGCUGAAAAAGACACCAGAGCCACACUUUCAGGUUUGGAGGAGGCCUGCAACUUUUACUUCCAGGAAAGAGCUGACUCUUGGAAAGAGAGGAACAGAAAUUUGCCUUUCCAGUGGGAGCAGUUACCGAAGCAUGUUAUUAAAUGAAACUUCACACAAUAAGAAGAGAACCAGACACAACAUGCUGACAGACAAAGAGAGCUUUUUUUUUUUUUUUUUUUUUGUAUGUAUGUGGAUCAAAAACAUGCAUGCAUUCAUUCAUUUAUCUUUGGUGAUGUUGAUGCCAUCAGCCAGAGAAAAUAGUAUAUUUUAAUUUUUUAUGACAUCUUUUUUUAACCAUCUAAUUCUGUAAAGUUAAAAAAUGAUAUAAUGAAAGUUAAUUUCAGGUCAGGGUUGUGAGGAGGGUACACAUCAGUUUUUGCUACAUGCAAAUGUGUUAUAUCUGCACAUGCCUUAAUAUACUUGUUUAUAUAUGCAUGAGUAAUCUGUGCAUUUGAUUGUUUAUUCUGACUUGAUUUAUAGCUCAAAUGCAGUUAGUAGUUGUUAUCUACUUAACAAAAGGUCAAGUAAACAAAAUUCAAUAUAUUUGUUGGCUGGGCAGUUUCAGAGACCAUAGAAAACUGACUGUUCUGCACAAUCUCAUAGCCUGUUCUGAAGAAAAUGUACAUAGCAUCACAGCUAAUGGUAUCUCCCACACAUUAUUAUACUGAAUGUCAGCACCAUUUCCUGGUUGUAUUGUUCUUAUUCAUUUCAUAUGACAGGCCAUAGGCACUGGCUUUUAGCUUUGCUCCACUUAAGUCUUUUCUGGCAAGCAAAUCUUUUCACAAUUAGUGUCAUUUGUACUGAACAUCGAUUUAAUUGAACUUGAGCUGCAAUAUUAAUCAAUGUAGCUAGUUAUUUUCUUCCUCAGGCUUAUUAAAAACCUCUACCAUUCCAAGUUA